AACACUCCUCCGCUCUCAAUCAGAUUUUUCCCCUUUCUUCAAACUGCAAAUAUCUUCCAUGUUCACAGACUGAGAUACAACCCAGCUCUACAGCAAUGAUAUCCUCUAUGCAGCACGUCCGAUGCCCCGGGCUUGCGUUUCUUGAAACAACAUCUCUACCCAUUAAUUAUCCAGUAACAGAGUCGAUGAUGUCCUGUAUCCAUGUCCGAUGCCCCCCCAGGCUGUGGCUGGGCCUUGCGUUUCUUCCAAAGACACCUUCACUCAUUAGAAAUAGGGUGUUGUUUCCUCGAAAUGUUUUCUCUUGCCCAGCAAAGUUUGCUGAAUCUGAGCUAGAAGGCUCUUUUAGCUUCAGGACGGUGCCCCCAAACCUGGUAGCAGCAGAGAAAGAAGAAGCCAAGGCGGUGUUGACCUUAUUUCUGAAGAAACAAGGCUUAAGCAAUGCAGGUUCGGCAAGAAUUAUAAAAAAAUCAGAAGCCUUCAUUGAUCACCUUGUCUCACGGCUUCACUCCAUUCAUAAGUCUCAUUAUCUUGUUGGCAGGGAACUUACGACACUUGAGAUCAGGGAUGCCCUUAUCCCGUACCUUGAAACCCUUCACGAGGAAUAUGGAGACAUUCUGGUAGAUGUUGUAGAAAGCUACCCCAACCUUCCCGUUAAAGUUGAAGAGAAAGAAGAAGAAGAUAUUCAUAAGCCUCCUCUUCCAACUACACCAUCUUCUCCCCCUAGUACUAUCCUCGAUUCCAAGAAGCUUAAGGCCUUGGCUCGUGUGACUGAUCCUGGUCCAAAAAGGAAGCUCCCUUCAUAUGUUCCAUACCUCGCGGAGCUUGGAAUGGAUCUCGAAUUGAUUAGAAAAAUUACGCGUAAAUUUCCAGCAUUUGCUUUCUACAGUUUGGAGGGAAAAAUUAAGCCAGUGGUUGAAUUUCUUCUUGAACUCGGAAUACCAAAAUCACAGGUUGCCACCAUUCUCACCAAGAGACCUCAACUUUGUGGAAUCAGCCUCUCAGAAAAUUUGAUUCCCACCAUGACAUUUUUAGAGAACUUGGGAGUAGACAAAAGGCAAUGGGCAAAAGUUAUAUACCGAUCCCCUUCACUUCUUACUUACAGCAAGCCAAGAUUGAAAGUGACUGUUGACUUUUUGUACGAAAUGGGUCUAUCGGCUGAGAGUGUGAGCAAGGUUCUAACUCGCUGCCCAAACAUUAUUAGUUAUAGCGUGGAGGACAAACUAAGGCCUGCAGCAGAGUACUUCCGUUCCUUGGGGGUUGAUGUUGCAACUAUCCUAUAUCGAUGCCCUCAAACUUUUGGUCUAAGCAUCAACACUCAUAUAAAGCCCACAACAGAAUUCUUCGUGGACAAGGGGUACAGCGUGGCAGAGGUUGCGAGUAUGGUGUCAAAGUAUGCCGCCUUGUAUACUUUUAGCUUGGCUACAUUGGUCUUGAAAUGGGAUUUCUUUUUGACCAUGGGUUAUCCAAAGUCGGAAUUGAUCAAGUUUCCUCAGUAUUUUGGUUAUAGUUUGGAAGAAAGGAUCAAGCCUAGGUAUGCCAUUAUGGUAGAUAAUGGCGUGAGGCUGUUAUUGAACCAGUUGCUGUCUCUGUCAGAUGACGAGUUUGACAAAGCUUUGAAGAAGAAACUGAAGAAGCUAGAUGAAAAUUAGCAUUGCUUGUUUUCUCGUGGGAAUGAAUCACAAGAAACUAGCUCUUAUAUGGAAUUUAGGCUUCAGACGUGUUCAUGUAAGUAAAUGCCAACAUGACGCUUUCUGGUGAUAUGCAGUUGGAGAAAACUGAUUGAAUGCACUUUUCCUAUUUGCAUUAGGUUGCGAGAAACUGUCAACAACAACUGGCCUGAAGCCUUUUUAACCUUCUAAUCAACUGGUUUCUUGCUAAACGGUAAGUGUUCUCUCCGGGAGUUCAACACUAAGAAAGUAAGAAAAAGUAUCCACCACAUAUACGCCAUUGUUUUCAGGCAUAGCUUCUCUGUUGUAGCUUUGAUAUAUGCGAGCCAUCAUUGUUUUCUUGGUGACAGAAACCAUGGACAAAGGCAAAGUGAGUGACUGGGUGAGAGUUGGAAAAUCUGGAAAUUUUCAUCAUGUUAUGUAGCCUAGUCAUAUGAAUGUUUACUUCCUUCAGCUGUAUGAUAUGAUGUAUGUCCACUAUUGACUUGAUGUAUCUUGCAAAUACUCUAACAGUACUGUUGAUGAAAUUGUAGUUAAUGGAACUUGAAUAAUGCAAGUACUAGGUUGCAACUAGCAAGAGUUUUGCCCCUGAAUCA